UGUUUUGGCAGAUGGAGGAGGGCAAGAUGUCCGAGAAUCAUUUGACUUCAGCGGCAGCAUUUGUGGAGGGCGGUAUUCAGGAUGCUUGUGAAGAUACUUGCAGCAUAUGCCUUGAAGCAUUUUGUGAAAGUGAUCCCUCAACGGUGACUGGUUGCAAGCAUGAGUUUCAUCUUCAAUGUAUUCUUGAAUGGUGUCAGAGAAGUUCUCAAUGCCCCAUGUGUUGGCAGGCCCUCUCCUUAAAAGAUCCCAACAGCCAAGAAUUGCUGGAUGCAGUUGAGCACGAGAGAAAUAUCAGGAUGAAUCCUCCUCGAAAUACCACUAUCUUUCACCAUCCAACUUUGGGAGAUUUUGAAUUACAGCAUUUACCAGUGAGUGCAACUGAUUCAGAACUAGAAGAACGUAUCAUUCAGCACCUAGCUGCCGCUGCUGCUAUGGGAAGGGCCCGCCACCUUGCCAGGAGGGACGGUCAGAGGGGGAGGUCUUCUGCUCAAGGUCGUCCACAGUUUCUGGUAUUCUCCACUCACCCAAAUUCACCACCUGCUGGCCCCGCUACCUCUCCAACUCUGAUGACUGGUGGUGAAUCCGCUUCUCCCGCAUCGGUUUCUGCUUCGACUUCUCCAAUUGUUUCAGUUGGUGAAGGUUCACGGCUAUUUACUACGCCUCCUGUUCAAGCCGAUCUGGUUUCUGCAUCUGGAUCAGGAUCAAGUGCUGUUAUUAAUCAUCUUGGAACUUCUUCAAACAAUAGAAGGUCUCCUUCACAGUCUUCUCCUAAUAAUCAAGAGAGAGCUGGACCAUCGGAUCUUCAGUCUCUUUCAGAAUCAAUUAAAUCUCGAUUUGCUGCAAUGUCGCUGAGGUAUAAAGAGUCUAUAACUAAGAGCACAAGAGGUUGGAAGGAGAGAUUUUUCUCCCGCAACAGUUCAACAUCAGAUCAUGGUGCUGAAGCUCGGCAUGAGGUUAAUACUGGGACUGCUUUCAUACCACAUGUGGAACAUUCGGAAACUACAGAGGGUAACAGAAAUAGUUCUCCCGAAUCAAACAGAUCUGAAGGCAGUUUACCAGCUCAGCAUGCUGACCAGCAGAUUUCAGAGAUGGGUCGUGAUUCUUCUUUGACUGAGGGUAAUGGGCAAUCCAUAUGUGCUGCUAGUUCUGGUUCAAACUAAGUUUGGAUGAAGCACUCUUAACAAGCCAUGGUAAUGAUGGAUAACCCUUGUCAACAUCAGCACUGCUGUGAAAGAUCAUCAGAAACUGUAGUUUGCUGCAAAAGAAUAAGAGGGAUGGACAUCUUUAUUUGGGUCAGACUAGUGUAUAUGAUUAUAUAUUAUGUAAAUUGGUCUAAAUUUGAAAAUUAUUUACAAAUGUCUCCUCUCUUUCAUGUUAGGUUAGCUACUAUGUAACAUUUUUUUUCUGACGGCAGAAUGAGUUAGACGUUUUGUUGAGUCUAUUUUAACAUCGAGUAGCUGUUGCACAUUCAUACUGCAUGUUAAUCGACGUUUAGCUUGUUAGUUUGACAAUCAUAUUAUCAUCUUGGUGCCUUGCU